UGCGAUAGUGACGCGCACUUAGGGGAAACCAAGUAGGUGGAAGACGGUGACCAGGUUUGCCUUCUUCCAUUCGCGGUGGCUUUUGAAUCCGAGCACGAUGGCGACCAAAAGGCAGCGACAAAAGAGCGCAAUUUGGGAAUGAAUGGAGCGCCUAGAUGCAUGCCACGUCGGCUUUUGCUUGGUUCCUUAGAUCUCCCACCGCCAGCCCCUCGAGGAAGCUUCUCAAUCAAAGAACUCUUCGCCAGCUCUAGAAGAUAGCGGAGAAGACAAAAAAAGCAAUUAAGAAAACGACUCGUCUUCUUCUCUUAAUCUCUACACAUUUCCCACAUCUCCCCACAACUUGAAUAAAUCUAGACUGCCACAGAUAUCCAUCUCCUUGCCGGCCUCCGAUGAAUUUUUAUCAAAGUUAAUCAACUGCAGCUGAUGGAAGAGGGGAGGUUCGGCGGUGGAGUGUUAGACGUGAAGCUUUGGUCUGGGUGUUGCCAUUGGAUUCUUAUGAUCUUGUUCGGCUUUUACUGCUGGAGCUGGGAGUUUUUGACUGCUCUGCUUGUAUUCUCGUGCCUUUGAUAAGUAAAAAAGUGAUUUUUAUUGUUUUUCGGUGGGUUUUGGUGGUGGUUUGAAUGGUGAUGGUGUCGAAAGGGAAGCAGAAGGAAGGUGGGGGAAGGAGCGCGGGUUCGCCGGCGCCGUUUCUGAUGAAGACGUAUCAGAUGGUGGAUGAUGGAGAGACGGAGGAGGUUAUAUCGUGGGGUGAAAAAGGGAACUCUUUUGUUGUGUGGAAGCCGGUCGAGUUUGCAAGAGAUCUGCUUCCAGUUCACUUCAAGCAUAACAAUUUCUCCUCUUUCGUUCGUCAGCUUAACACAUAUGGUUUCCGCAAGGUGGUGGCGGACCGAUGGGAGUUCGCCAACGAAAACUUCCGGCGAGGAGAGCAAACGCUCCUCUCCUUCAUCCGGCGUCGAAAAACCUCAUCCCUCAGACACCCGCUUCCAUCUUCUACAUCCGGUCAGUUCUCCGCCGAGAUCCAGCACGUCUCUUCCUCCACCUCCUCGUCCUCGACGCCGCCACCGCCGCCUCUACACCUUCUGAACCUCUCCAGCGAAAACGAGAAGCUUCGGAAACAGAACAAAAUCCUGAACUCAGAGCUUGGGCGGGCCAAGCGGCAUUGCGACGAGCUCCUGUGCUUUCUGUCCAAGUACGUCGAUGUCGCCCAGCUAGACCUUGGGCUUCUAAUGAAUAGGGCUAUUGACGCUGAGGCAGGGGAAGAAGUAGUGAGCGAAGAAGAGGAAGAAGUUGAAGGGAAAAAAGAAGCAUCUUUGAAGCUAUUUGGCGUUCUUCUCGAGGUUAAUGAUAGUUGUGGUAAGGUUCAGAGAUCUAGAAAGAGGCGACGUUGCGAAGUCACCGGCGGAAGGAUUCCGGUGGGCAGAGGUAGCGACUUGAGCCACUUAAGCUAGUCUUAAUAUGGGAAAUUUUUGUAUCAGAACCUCCUCGCAGAUAUA